AUGUUAUUGAAAGAACAACCGACAAAUGAUGAGGCGGACGAUGAGAUCGACCCACUGGAUGCAUUCAUGUCUGAGGUCAAUAAGGAAGUGCGAGCAACGAAGUAUGGCUCUGAUCAGGGUGCUGAUGGCAAAGCUCGAAUUGUAGUGAUCAAUUCCGAUUCGAAUCUUGAAUCCAAGAAAGGCGAAAUUAUUGAAGCGGAAGAUGAAACUGAGGUGUAUUAUCGGCCAUUUCGUAAGAAUUUCUAUGUUGAAACUGCUGAGCUGGCGAAAAUGAGCAAGAAGGAAGUGGAUGAAUACAGAGAGGAGCUGGAUAUUCGAGUUUAUUAUCGGCCAUUUCGUAAGAAUUUCUAUGUUGAAACUGCAGAGCUAGCAAAAAUGAGCAAGAAAGAAGUGGACGAGUACAGAGAGGAGCUGGACAUUCGAGUGCGUGGUAAAAACUGUCCGAAGCCAGUUCGAUCGUGGGCACAGUUCGAGUAUAAAAAACCAACACCAAUUCAAGCUCAAGCAAUCCCGGCAAUAAUGAACGGUCGUGAUGUUAUUGGUAUUGCAAAAACUGGCAGUGGCAAAACCCUGGCUUUCCUGCUUCCAAUGUUCCGGCAUAUUCUAGAUCAGCCGGAGCUCGACGAACUCGAUGGGCCUAUC